UCUCUCUCUCUCUCUCUCUCUCUCUCUCUCUCAGGUGUUCACAUUGUCCAGAGGAUGGAAGGCUGUGAGUGGGAUGAUAAGACUGGUGAGGUUAAUGGUUAUUUUCAGUAUGGUUAUGAUGGAGAAGACUUCAUAGCUCUGGACAUGAAGACAUUGACGUGGGUCGCUCCACAACAACAGGCUGUCGUCACCAAACAGAAGUGGGAUAAAGACAAAGCUGAGUUAGAGUAUAAUAAGAACUACUUCAACAAUGAGUGUCUUGACUGGCUGAAGAAGUUUGUGAACUAUGGGAGGAGCUCUCUGAUGAGAACAGACCUCCCCACAGUGUCUCUCCUCCAGAAGACUCCCUCCUCUCGAGUCACCUGCCACGCUACAGGUUUCUACCCCAACAGAGCCAUGAUGUUCUGGAGGAAAGAUGGAGAGGAGCUUCACGAGGACGUGGACAAGGGAGAGAUCCUCCCCAACCACGACGGCUCCUUCCAGAUCAGCGCUGACCUUCAACUGCCCUCUGAUGACUGGGGGAAGUACGACUGUGUGUUUCAGCUCUCUGGUGUGAAGGAGGACAUCGUCACCAAACUGGACAAACGAGAGAUCAAGACCAACUACGUGAAUCCCAUCUACAUGAUCAUUGUCAUCAUCGCUGUUGUUCUCCUUCUUGUAACCAUCGUCUGUGUGGCUGGAUUCUGCCUGUAUAAGAAGAGAAAUGCCAAACGCCCUCCAUCCCCGGUAAACGACCCGGCUGUGCAACAAAUGAUGCUUCCAAAUCAAAAUACCUGAAAGACAAAGAGAGGACCCUGAACCCAGUUUACGGGUACGUUCUGCACUGAAACAAGGAGCAGACCGACACGCUCUCCUCAGAAUUCAUUGGCUCUCAUCGUAUCAGACAUGAAGUGAUCAGAGUUGGGAAUUUAAAUUUAAAUCUUUGAAAUACAAAGAAAACAAGUUUGAAAAAGAGUUGACAAAUGCUUUACAAAUCUUGAUGAUUUAUUUUUUGUCACCUGGAGAGAAGAGAAUCAGAAGAUGAAUCUAUGACGGCAUCACGCCGCUCUUCAUGUGUUGAAGAAAGAUUUGUGUGUUGAUCUAAAAUCCAUCAUAGUUGGAUUUUUCUACUUCUGGUGUUCAGAGCUUUGUGCUAAAACAAAUGUUGGUGAUAAAUACGUUAAUAAAGACACACACACACACACACACACACACACACACACACACACACACACACA